GGCCUCUAUAAAAGGCGCGGUGCUGGGUUAGCUCAGGCGGAGUCGGUUGGGGAAGCAAGUGGAGUCGUCUGGGUGUGAUUAGGUUCGCUGCCAUCAUGAGGGAGAUCGUGCACCUGCAGGCCGGGCAGUGCGGGAACCAGAUCGGGGCCAAGUUCUGGGAGGUGAUCAGCGACGAGCAUGGCAUCGACACCACCGGCACCUAUCGCGGCGACAGCGAGCUCCAGCUGGAGCGCAUCAACGUAUACUACAAUGAGGCCACAGGUGGGAAAUACGUGCCCCGCGCCGUCUUGGUGGACCUGGAGCCCGGCACCAUGGACUCGGUGCGCUCCGGGCCGUUCGGGCAGAUAUUCAGGCCCGACAACUUCGUGUUCGGUCAGAGCGGAGCAGGAAACAACUGGGCAAAGGGCCAUUAUACGGAAGGUGCUGAAUUAGUUGAUUCCGUGUUAGAGGUUGUAAGAAAAGAGGCAGAAGGCUGCGAUUGUCUCCAGGGCUUUCAGCUUACUCACUCUCUCGGUGGUGGUACGGGCUCUGGCACGGGGACCCUCCUCAUCAGCAAAAUUCGUGAGGAGUACCCAGACCGAAUUAUGAAUACUUUCACUGUUGUGCCCUCCCCUAAAGUGUCAGAUACUGUAGUCGAGCCCUACAAUGCCACACUCUCGGUCCACCAGCUCGUGGAGAACACUGAUGAAACGUACUGUAUUGAUAAUGAAGCACUAUAUGACAUAUGCUUCGGAACACCGAAGUUAACUACUCCAACGUAUGGUGAUCUGAACCAUUUAGUGUCAGCAACCAUGAGCGGUGUUACCACCUGCCUGCGAUUUCCAGGCCAGCUUAAUGCUGGCCUUCGGAAGCUGGCAGUGAAUAUGGUUCCUUUCCCCCGUUUGCACUUUUUCAUGCCUGGUUUUGCCCCGCUCACAAGCCGUGGGAGCCAGCAGUAUCGGGCUUUAACCGUGCCAGAGCUCACACUGCAAAUGUUUGAUGCAAAGAACAUGAUGGCUGCGUGUGACCCACGUCACGGCCGCUAUCUGACCGUAGCUGCUGUGUUCAGGGGCCGUGUGUCAAUGAAAGAGGUUGAUGAGCAAAUGCUGAAUGUUCAGAACAAAAAUAGCAGCUAUUUUGUUGAGCGGAUUCCUAAUAACGUUAAAACGGCAGUUUGUGACAUUCCACCUCGUGGCUUAAAGAUGUCUGCUACCUGACGGACCACCUUCAUUGGUAACAGCACAGCCAUCCAGGAGCUGUUCAAACGCAUUUCUGAGCAGUUCACUGCCAUGUUCCGCCGAAAGGCGUUCCUGCACUGGUAUUCGGGUGAGGGCACGGAUGAGAUGGAAUCCACAGAGGCCGAGAGCAGCAUGAAUGAUCUGGUCUCUGAGCAUCAGCAGUACCAGGAUACUACAGCUGAGGAGGAGGGGGAAUUUGAGGAGGGGGAGAUUGAGGAGGAGGCCGAGUAAAAGCUAUGCAGGUGAACACCUGUAGAUUUUGUUUAAAGCUGUUUGAACUCUUUUAAAGCUAUGCAGGUGAACACCUGUAAAUUUUGUUUAAAGCUGUUUGAACUCUUCCAUUCGAAAUGUUCUCUGUUUGUGUUGUGUUCCUUCUCUGUCUCAAGAUCACUUCAAAUGCUGUGCAG